AGCCCAGCAAUCGAUAAUUCAUUAUCGAUCUCAAUCACCGGUUCCUCUUCUCACUCUACUGAGGAUGCAGACACUCGGACAGUGAAGUCCUUCUCCAUCCUAACGUCCUCAGAGCAAUGAAAGUGUCAAUUCACGUCUUGCUGACUUCCCUGCUGAUAGUGACAUCAUCCGCAAGGAUACGUAUCCUGGAUCUUCUCAGGGAUUAUGGACUAGGAACUUCCUACAGAAUCAAAACCGUUCCACUACCGCAACUCGAUGAAUACGACUUCAUCGUCGUGGGUUCGGGUCCCGGUGGUGCUCCAGUGGCAAAUCGCCUGUCAGAAAAUAAAACCUGGAAGGUCCUACUUCUGGAAGCUGGUAAACCUGAAGGACUCUUCCAUCAAGUACCCUUGCUGUCAGUUUCCUUUGUCAAUACGGAAUAUGAUUGGCAGUACAGAGGUCAACCGCAGAAGAACGCAUGUCUAGGUAUCAUCGACCAGAAGUGUCCUUUUACCAAAGGAAAGGCAUUGGGUGGCUCGAGCUCCAUCAACAGCAUGAUUUACGCUAGAGGACAUCAACUAGAUUACGACUCGUGGGCCAAACGGGGAAAUUACGGAUGGUCAUUUCAGGAAGUUCUUCCGUAUUUCAGGAAAAGUGAACGGGCGACUCUUCGACAGCCAGCGGAUGCCCUCCACCGCGGUAGGACUGGAUACUUGCGGGUACAAAAUGUACCCUGGCACACGCCUCUGACAACAGCUUUUCUAAAAUCCGGAAAGCAACUGGGAUACAAUAUCAUUGACUACAAUGGACGACAAAGGGUUGGAUUCUCCUAUACUCAAGCGACGAUGUCAGACGGUGCGAGAUGCAGCGCUUCCCAGGCGUAUCUCCAGGUCAAUCGAUCGAACUUGGAUAUUGUAUCGGAGGCGAGAGUAUCAAAGGUGUUGAUUGACGACACUAAUCGAGUCUAUGGUGUGGAGUUCAUCAGGAAUAAUAAGUCCUACCGGGUUCGAGCUUCCAAAGAGGUGAUUCUGUCAGCUGGAUCCAUCGAUACAGCCAAACUUCUGAUGCUGUCUGGCAUCGGGCCCAAGGAUCAUCUCCAGAGUUUGGGAAUCAAAGUAGUCAAGGACGCUAAAGUUGGGUACAAUCUCCAGGAUCAUGCAGCUUUCGCCGGAUUGACGUUCUCAGUUAAUCAAAGUGUGAGUUUGAUUGCAAAAAAUAUACAGACACCACGAGCUGUCCUCCAAUAUGCCAUCAAAGGUAGUGGGCCAUAUUCGACAGCUGCUGGUAUAGAGGCUCUUGCAUUUAUUCGUACAAAAUAUGCAACUGACGCCCGACCAGAUCUUGAACUGGCUUUUGGUGCUGGUGCAUUCAAUAUGGAUGAUGGAACCUUCCGGAGGUCACGUCGUGUGAGUCAAAGAAUGUAUGAUGCCAUCUGGAAGCCCCUGGAGAAUCAAGAUGUCUGGGCGAUCUGGCCAGCUGUUCAACUGCCUCGCAGUAAAGGACGAGUUAAAUUGAACUCAACGAACAUUGAAGACGAUCCUAUAAUUGAUGCCAACCUGUUGGAUGAUCCAAGUGAUGUGGAAAUUUUACUCGAAGGCAUCAAGCUCUCAAUAGAGAUUUCUAAAUCCAAAGCCUUCCAACGAUACCACAGCCAGCUACAUGAGGAAAAAAUACCAGGAUGUGAGUCAUUCACAUUCGCCUCAGACGAUUACUGGAGAUGUGGCAUCCGACAUUUGACAGUUACCUUCAAUCAUGAGAUUGGAACUGCUAAAAUGGGAUCAGCUGGAGAUUCUGAUGCUGUUGUCGAUCCUGAAUUGCGAGUCUAUGGAGUCAGUGGUCUGAGAGUCAUUGAUGCUUCCAUAAUUCCAGAGAUACCGAUAGGGCAUUUGGCAGCAACUGUUUACAUGAUCGCGGAGAAGGGGGCUGACAUGAUUAGGCGCUCCUGGAGGGGCUGAGGAUGUCCUCCCGAAGGUGAACGUAUGAAAGAUGAUCCAAAAUGUGUGAACAUCCAAUUAUGAGGUCAUGCAGCUACGUAUAUGUCUGCUAUUGAUGUACUUUGUGGAAAUUGGUGUGACAAUAAUUGAAAACGAAGACAAUAGCAAUUAUUAUCCUUGAUUGUUCCUUGGACAGGAGUCAGAUUCGUUGUCGAUUCGUUAGGACUGUAGUGAAUCGAAUGAGCGAAUCAAUUUCGCAGGUGGAAUCUGUUUAUGUUCAGCGUAUCGCAGACAUUUCAUAAAUAAAGAACAGUAUUAAAAAAGCA